AUGCCACGUGGAAAGGGUUUCCGCGGUCCCAGGCGGCCAAGAGGAGGAAUGCUGAGCGUUACACGCUCGGUUCCUUCAUGGAUGUCAUUGAGGUUAUGCCUCCUUUAAAACAAAAGGCUGCUCCCCACAGCUCUGACAAACAGAGCCAUGAGAACGCUGACAGAGAGAAUGCCGACAGAGAGAACGCUCACAGAGAAAACUGUUUGAAUUGCCGUAAGGCUCCUGAAAAUGUUCCAAACUCUAUCACAAAUGUUCCAAAGUCUGCUACAAGUGUUGCCAAAAGUGUUCCAAAGUCUACCAAAAGUGUUCCAAAGUCUGCCACAAGUGUUACUAAAAGUGUUCCAAAGUCUGCCACAAGUGUUACUAAAAGUGUUCCAAAGUCUGCCACAAGUGUUACUAAAAGUGUUCCAAAGUCUGCCACAAGUGUUACUAAAAGUGUUCCAGAGUCUGCCACAAGUGUUCCAGUGUCUAGCAAAAGCUGGAGUGAUGUUACCAGAGCUUCACUUGUCAAUAACUCUGGUUAUUUUCCACAGAAAGUCAUACGUGGUUCUUUCCAUCAGGGUGAUGCGCGAUUUGGUUCGAACAGAAACCGUCAGUGUGCAGUGAACAGUAUCACAGCAGUCAUGACGAGUGUGCUGAAGGAUGUGCUGACGUGGACAACAGAGGACCUGAAUGCUGUUCUGUUGCAUGGAGAUGAGCUGUACACAUCAAUGACACUGCAGGGGCAGAUCCACGAUCGAACAGGGCUGGGUCAUAUUUCUGUUGCAGAAAUGCCAAGACUGCACACACUUGAUAACACAACAUUCUCAAUAAAGCAUGGAGAAUCUUUCUGUGGUGUUAUUGGUGUUGAUGUCUAUGAUGAAUCAUUGCGAGAUGUGUCUAUGUCUAUAGAAGAAGCACUUCAAAGGGCUCUGCUUCAGUAUGAUGCAUCAUGUAACAUUGAAGUGGAUGAUCAGAGCACAAGUCGCAAUUUGCGAAAAAGGAAAUUAAAUGACACAGAAGAGUAUUCUAAAAGUAAAAGAGAACGUCAGAGAUACCACAGCGACUCCAAUUUCAGACAGAAAAAAACUGAGAACAUUAGAACGAAAUACUGUGAAGACAGUGAUUACAGGCAGAAAAAGAUUCAGGACAUCAGAAAGAAAUACGGUGAAGACAGUGAUUACAGGCAGAAAAAGAUUCAGGACAUCAGAAAGAAAUACGGUGAAGACAGUGAUUACAGGCAGAAAAAGAUUCAGGACAUCAGAAAGAAAUACGGUGAAGACAGUGAUUACAGGCAGAAAAAGAUUCAGGACAUCAGAAAGAAAUACGGUGAAGACAGUGAUUACAGGCAGAAAAAGAUUGAGAACAUCAGAACGAAAUACUGUGAAGACAGUGAAUAUAGGCAGAAAAAGAUUGAGAACAUCAGAAAGAAAUACGGUGAAGACAGUGAUUUCAAGGAGAAAAAAUUGGAAAAUCUUAGAGAUAAAUAUAAGAGCAAUAUCAAUGUACAACAGUCAAAACGUGAAAGAUCAAAGGAUAAAUAUCACGGAAACCCGAACUUUAAAGCAAGUGUAUGUGAAUAUUCAAAGAAUAAAUACAGCAAAAACCCCACCUUUAAAGCAAGCGUACGUGAAUACUCUAAAAAUAAAUAUCAUGACAAUGAAAAUUUCAGAAUGAGUAUAAUACAAAAAAGAGCUGAAAGUUCUGCAAAACAGAAGGACAGACAGAAAGAUAUCGAUUUUACUAUUAAUCAGUUUCAUCAAGAAGUCAGUACAGGUCCAGAAUUUGUUUGCAGUGUUUGUCAUCGUUUAUUGUUCAGAAAACAAGUUAUUGAAUGUAAAAGAGAUUGCUAUAAAAUCAGAGGUCAGCAAAUUACAGAUUUGGCUGAAAGAUGUAUUACAGAAAAGUAUUUACACAUAUGCAAUACUGAAUGUGAAAAUAGAUGCAAGUUAUCAGGUAAUUCAGCUUGUAAAUUGUGGAUUUGCUAUACAUGUCAUCGUAAAAUUCUGGGUGGAAAAUUGCCUGAAGAGAGUAUUGCCAACAACAUGCAUCUGGUGGACAUUCCAAAAGAACUAAAAGGUCUAAACUCAUUGGAGGAACAUCUUAUUGCCCGCAAUAUUCCUUUUAUGAAGUUGCUUUGUCUUCCACGUGGAAAACAGAAAGGCUGUCAUGGCCCAGUCGUCACCGUUCCUGUUAAUACUGCAGUUGUCUCAAAUAUUCUUCCACGUAAUGAAUGUGAUGAUCACAUGAUAAAAAUAAAACUGAAACGGAAAUUAACAUAUAAAGGCCAUUAUGAAUAUAAAUAUGUCAGCACUGAUCGUGUCAGACAUGCAUUGUCUUAUUUGAUGAGACAUAACAAGUGGUAUAAUGAUGUGGAGUUUAAUGAGCAGUGGAUAAACUCUUUGAAUGCAGCUGAUGAAGUUGAAAAUUGUGAUGAUGAUUUUGAAAUGGAGGAACAAGAUGUAACAGACAAAAAUGAAGAUGAGAAAGUAGUUCAAGAUGAUCCAGAAGAAGACAUAACAUAUAUUAAAGAACAAAGUGGUCUUUUGUCAGAUACAUCGCUGCAACCUGUUGAUCUGGGUUCAGAGAUAAUAGAUCAACAUUUUCAUGAUGUGCUGAAUGUAGCACCAGCUGAAGGUAACAGUCCUAUUAGACUGCUAUCCGAUAAAUCCAAUGAGGCAAAGUGUUUCCCUGUUCUCUAUCCUAUUGGUGGCCCGACAUUCCAUGAUGAAAGACCAGAAAAAAUCACAUUGUCAAGAUACCUGAAUGCAAGAUUACUAAAUGCAGAUGGACGUUUUGCACAGAGCACAGACUUCAUUUUUUAUGCACAAUAUUUAUCAGAACUUGAUCAAAUUGUAUCCAAUGUCUCAAUUGCACUUAGGAAAGGCUCUGAGAAAAAUUGCUUAAAAGUAACAGCAGAUAUGCUAACAAACUCUGAUUCCUUGAAAAGAAUAUUAAAUUAUGAUGAAGGAUAUAAGUUCUUAAGACCGGUAAGAGGGACACCUCCCUAUUGGAUGUCUACGCAAAAAGAUCUGUUUGCCCUAAUUAGACAACUAGGCAUACCUACUUUUUUUGCAUCUUUUAGUUCUGCUGAUCUGAGAUGGCCUGAAAUGAUGAACACUAUUAUUAAGCAAGAGGGGAAACAAAUAAAUGUCGAUGAGCUUGACUGGUCUGAAAAAUGUGGACUCAUAAGACGAAAUCCUGUCACUGCAGCAAGGAUGUUUGAUCACAGAUGGCAUUGUUUUCUAAAAAAUGUCAUAAUGUCUCCAGCAAAGCCUAUCGGCGAGAUAAAAGACUACUUUUAUCGUGUUGAAUUUCAACAACGUGGUUCUCCUCAUGUUCACUGUCUGUUUUGGGUGGAAGAUGCUCCGAAGCUCAAUGAUCAUGAUGCAGACAAUGAUGCUCUGGUUGCUGACUUUAUUGACACGUACAUCACUUGUGAGACACCACCAGAAAAUGACACUGUACUUUACGAGACAGUGAACAGUGUCCAGAAGCACAGUACAAGACAUUCAAAAACAUGUCGUAAGAAAAAUACAGUUUGUAGAUUUAAUUUUCCAAGACCGCCAUCUAGUCGGACCUUCAUUACAAGAGAAACCAAUGCAGAUGAGUUAAAAGGCAAUGGUGAAGAUACAACAGCAAAUGCAAUCAUAAAGAAAGUGAAAACCGCUUUAAACUCUGAUGUGAAUUUUGAUUCGGUUGAUGCCUUUUUUUCAUCUAUUGGGAUUAAUCAAACUAUGUUUGAAAAAGCAUACAACGAAUGUUCCAAAAAGAAAAGUAUUGUCUUAAAAAGAAAUCCAAAAGAUGUUUGGGUAAAUCAGUAUAACAGAGAUUUAAUGCGUGCUUGGCAAGGCAAUAUGGAUAUUCAGUAUGUUACAGAUGCUUUUUCUGUAGUGGUCUACAUACUAAGUUACAUUACAAAAGCAGAACAAGAAAUGGGACUCCUGCUUCAACGUGCACAAAAUGAAGCGAUGAAUGGAAAUCUUGAAGUUAAAGAAUCAUUAAAACAGUUGGGAAGUAUCUAUCUUCACAACAGAGAAAUUUCAGCUCAAGAGGCAGUGUACAGACUGACAGGCAUGCAUUUGAAGGAAUGUUCCCGUAAAGUACAAUUUAUUCCAAUAGGACAAAACCCUGUAAAGAUGAGUUUGCCUUUGCAUAUACUCCAAAACAAAAUGGAAAAUGACCAGUCUGAUGAUGAAAGCUAUUUGUGGAUGACAAGUGUCACUGACAGGUACAAGAACAGACCAGAGAAAGAACCUCUGGAAAAUCUAUGUCUUGCCAGUUUUUGUUCGGAAUACAGAGUUCUGACAAAAUCAGAGGUUUCCUCACAAAAAAAAAACAGCAGAAAAUGAAUUAUUAAACUCAAUAACAAUAACGGUCAUGUAAAACGGAGGACACGGACUGAACCUGCAGUAGUGAGGUAUCCAAGAUUUUCUCCCACAAAAGAUCCAGAAAAAUAUUAUCAUUCAUUAUUGCAGCUUUUCUUUCCACAUUAUGAUGACUCUGAUCUGAAGCCUAGCAAGUAUGACACAUAUGAGGAGUUUUACAACAGCGGUGUCAUAAAAAUGGGUUCUGAAGUGAAACAAGUCAAACUGAUUGUUGAUGGCAACAGAGCAUUGUUUGAAAAGGAAAGUGACAAAAUAGACAGAGCUAAACAGCUUUUGGAACAGGAUAUUGAUUUGGAAGAUGCUUGGGCCCAGAUUUGCCCUGAAACCGAAAAACAGCGUGAUGAAUGCAUCGAACUGAUGAAGGAUAAACUAUUGCUCGAUGAAGAUGACAGUCAAGAACUUAUUCCAGAUCUUACAGCAAACCCUCAAACUGUGUGUACCAUUGAAACAAACCACACUACAAUGCCUAGAGAGGAGGCACUGCAUUUACUAAGGUCAUUAAACAAGGAACAAUCUGCUGUGUUCUACAAAGUACGGAAAUGGUGUUUACAGAAAUUACUAGGACAAAACCCAGAACCAUUUCGAUUAUUUCUUACUGGUGGAGCAGGUACAGGAAAAAGUCAUCUAAUUAAAGCAAUACAAUAUGAAUCUUGCAGACUAUUAUCUCAACUUUCUGAGAAUCCUGAUGACAUUACUGUACUUUUGACAGCUUCAACCGGAGUUGCUAGCUUUGGCAUUGGAGGAGGAACUAUACAUAAUAAACUUUCAAUUGGUGCAAAUGCGAGACUGCCAUAUCAGCCUCUUAGCGAUGACAAAAUAAACUCGUUGCGUACAAAAUUGGGUACUUUGCAAAUUUUGAUUAUUGAUGAAGUGUCCAUGGUUGACCAUCGUCUUUUGUCAUACAUUCAUGGAAGGUUGCGACAAAUAAAACAAACUGGUGACUACUCUCUCUUUGGGAAAGUCAGUAUUCUUUGUGUUGGGGAUUUCUAUCAACUUCCUCCCGUAAAAGGAACCGCUCUCUAUGCUGAUACAAAGGGAGUGAACCUAUGGGAAAAGAACUUUGAACUUGCUGAAUUAACUAAAGUUGUUCGACAACAAGAUUCAAGUUUUGCUGAAAUGUUAAAUCGGCUCAGAGUACAUAAGAAAAAUGAAUGUCUUACCACCAAUGACAUUGGUAUGUUAAAAAAAUGUGAAUCAGGAGAUAAGUGUAAUGAUAUUCACAUAUUUGCUACAAAUGCUGAAGUUGAUAAAUAUAACAUUGAAAGGCUACAUGAAUGUUGCCCAGAGGCAAUUAGUAUAAACGCUCAAGAUUACGUCAAAAAUUCAAAAACUGGACGAAUGGAACGUAAAGUUGGAUUUCAUGCAAAAGUUUUCAACUCAUCUUUGUCUAAAUGUGUUUCCCUGGGUAUUGGAGCAAGAGUUAUGCUGAAAAAAAAUAUUGAGGUUGCUGAUGGUCUUGUCAAUGGAGCGUUUGGCACAGUUGUCCACAUAAGUGAAAGUCAAAACAAUGAUAAUGAUUUCCCAUCAGCUAUACACGUGGAGUUUGAUGAUCCAAAUGUCGGUAAAAUUCAGAGAUCUAAAACAUGCCAUAGAUUUUCCCAGAAUUCAACAGUAAUUGAAGUACAAGAAGAUCAAGUCACAAAUGAUGGUGGUAUAAGGCGUCAGUUUCCUCUCAGAUUGGCAUGGGCAUGCACAGUUCAUAAAGUGCAAGGACUCACAGUAGACAGAGCUGUUGUAUCACUUAAGAAAAUCUUUACAGCAGGGCAAGCAUAUGUUGCAUUGAGCAGAGUAAGAUCUCUCAGUGGCUUAAUAAUUGAGGACUUUAAAGACUCUGCCAUAUUUUGUAAUGACAAAAUUGAGUUGGCUAUGAAAGAUAUGCCAAAAUUGUCUAUGGAAAAGGACAGUUUCACUGAAUCACUUGGUAGAUUCAAAUUAGCAUUGCUUAAUGUACAAAGUCUGAAAGCUCAUUUUCAGGAUGUUCUUGCACAUACAGUUUUAAUGGAUGCUGAUUGUAUUUGUUUGACAGAAACCUGGCUAAAUGCUGAUGACAAAGCACAAGAACCACAAAUACCAGAAUUUGUGUUCAAGCACAAUCCAAGAGCUAACUGUUAUGACAAUAUUUUGUUUCAUGUUGAUUUAAUUUCUGUUGCCAUUGGCAAACUUGGCUUCUGGUUUCAAUGCCUCUGCCAUGACGUGUCAUGUCACUGCUCCAACGGAGUCCCUGAUCCUUCUGACUGCACCCUGAUCUGUCAUCUCCCUGGUUCCGCAACAGACUUCCAGACUUCUGGUUCAGCAGCAUAA